AUGAGGUUAAGAAAGAGAGUUCUAAAUAACAAAACCUAUCCAAGUUAUGUAUCUCAGAUUGAACCUAAGAAAGUUGAGGAAGCUCUUAAAGAUGAAUGUUGGGUGAAUGCAAUACAUGAGGAGCUUAAUCAAUUUGUUCGAAACAAUGUUUGGUAUCUAGUGCCUAGGCUUGAUGAUUGCAAUGUGAUAUGUACUAAGUGGAUUUUCAAGAACAAGAUCGAUGACCAGGGUACCAUAACAAGAAAUAAGGUUAGGCUAGUUGCUCAGGGGUACACUCAGGUUGAAGGGAUAGAUUUUGAUGAGAUAUUUACCCCUGUUGCACGUCUUGAAUCCAUUCGCAUCCUUCUUAUGGUUGCUUGUACUUGA